UAAUUGAUAAGUGCUAAUUGUAAUUAAAUUAAAAAGGAAAUCCAAGUUAUGAUUAAUUUCAGUUAUACUGUUGAUUGUGAAUCUUAUUUACAAAGUAUUGAAUUGAACUUGCAUCCGUAUAAAUAUGAAAAUCGCUCUGAUUCCAAUGGCCAGUUCUGGUCGUAUUAAUAUAUGUACAGCUUUAGCUCGAACUUUGGCCACUUUUAACCACGAAUGUGUCUUCAUAUUACCUGCCGUUUGGACUGCGACCUUAAAAGACUCUGGUUUCCAGGUCGAAACGUUUGAAGAUACUACAGUGGCCCCGAGUGACGAUGUUAGAUCUUCGAGCUCAAAUCUAAUCAGUUCACAAGCGGCAGUUUUCAGUUUACCUGCUCUUCAACAGUUUCCCUUGGUCGGUGCUCAUGGAUUCAAACAAUGUUGCGAUUCAAUUAUGAAGGACAAUGGUUCGUAUGCCGAAACCAUAAAGAGAGUGAAACCCGAUUUAAUUAUCUUCGAUUUUUGGACAACUGUACCUGCUUUUGUUCAAUCGGGAAUUCCUUACGUGGCCUUAUUUUCUUGUAGUCCACCGAUGAUUUACUGGAAAUCUGAUGCACCUCCAUUUUCCAGUGGAUUAGGUAAAGGUGAUGAUCUCGAGUUAAUCAAACAAACUCGAGAAAGAUUUUCCAAAAGUCUUGAACCAAUUAGAAAACAAUUCGACGAGUACCUGGAGAGUGUUGGAAUUAACCUCGAAUUGGAAGAUCGUCUUGACUUCUCGCUUCUUGGACAAUCGCCACAUCUAAAUAUUUACCUUUACCCGAGAGAUUUAGAUUACUCUGAAUAUGGACCAGUUCCAGAAAAAUGGUUUCGACUUGAACAUAUGGUUCGAGGAUCUGAUGACGAAAGUCCAUUAGGAUUACCUGACGAUUCUUGGCUAAAUCGGACUGACCAGAAUGACGGUAAAAAGUUGAUCCUCUUUUCUCUUGGAUCAAUGGCCACUGCUUUAAUCGAUAUCAUGAAUCGUUUGAUUGGUAUUCUUGCUCAUUCACCUCAUAGAUUCAUCGUUUCCAAAGGUAUUCACCAUGAAUCAAUUGAAUUACCUGAUAACAUGAUUGGUGGAAAAUAUUUGAAUCAAAUGAAAAUCAUGCCCAAAGUUGAUUUGGUUAUUCAUCAUGGUGGAAACAGCACAUUCAUUGAGACAUUUUACUUCGGUAAACCCUGUAUAAUAUUACCGAUUCUCGGUGACCAAUUUGACAAUGGCCGUCGGGUGGUUGACCUUAAAGUCGGUGCAUCGUUCAGUCCACAUUCUGUUACCCAAGAACAACUUUUAUCGGCAAUUGACUCGAUUCUUGAAGAUGAACAACUUUUAGCUCGAGUUGAAAAAAUUGGUAACAAUUUAAGAAACACUAAUAGUCACAAAGAACUGAAUGAAAAGCUUGAAUCAAUUGUGAACAAUCAAAAAUAAUCCAAUUCCUUGAAGAAACCGAGGCAAUGAAAACAGAACAAUCAACCCCCGAAAUAUAAUCAAGUUUAUUAAUAUUUUUCUCGAAUUAAUUGAGAAAAUUUAUAAAGGAGAAUAAAAAUUGAUGAUCAAAUGGA